AUGUUUUUCACCAUUUUUAUUAAUCUCCUGCCCGUGUCAGUGCCAGCAGCCUCGCUCUACCCUUUCAGCAUGGAGGGAGGGGACCAAGAGUGCAUACAGAGGACGGUGGAUUUUAACUCCCCCCUGUUCAAGCCAGAGAUCGGGUUCCCCUUCGGGAAGUCACUGCGGGAUGUUCUCUACUUCACAGAUAAUGGACAGAUCAUUUUCCCACCCACGGACAACUAUGUCCCCUCCAACCCCAACCCGCCUCCCACAGGCUUCAGCGGCUGGGAGGGUCUGCCGAUGGUGGCUGCCUUUUGGGAUGACGCAGAUUUCUCCCAGGGCGUAGGCACCACUUGGUACCAGGAGUACUCUACCCUCAGCUCUACCCGAGACCCCCUUGUCCGUGAUGUGGAAGCAAAGAUUGAGAAAUACCUGAAAACACCCUAUGUAGCAAAAUGGACCUUGAAGGUGACAUGGGAGAAGGCUCCAGCGUACCCAUCCCGGGGGUGCCUUGGGUUUCUCCAGACGAGCACCUACCAGGCGGUCCUCACCACCAAUGGCAACCUCUCCUUCGCCCUGCUGCUCUACCAGGAUGGAGGGAUGCGGUGGGACUACACCAAGCUGGCUGCAGGCAACGUGCUGAUCGGCUUCUCCAGUGGUGAUGGCUAUGCCCAAAAUAAUGAGCUGACUCAAAAGCCACUGGCUGUCAAGUACCGACCUGACGAGCACAGCAGCGCUGGCACCGAUGUGCGCGGACUGUGGAUAUACAGGCUGGACAGUCGCUCCCGGGUGAACUACAGGCUGCGGUGCCUGGUGUGGCUGGAUGCACAGCCUGCGCCCGCUGCCUGGAACAGCAAGCUGCUGCCAUGCCCCUGCUCCCGGCCCCAGGCAGAGCUGGACCCCCGCUAUCUCUGGAGCAGAGGCCCAGCAGAUGCUUCUGUGAGGAUGCUGCGCACUGCGGCCCCCAGCCCGACCGGAGCUGGGGUGCGGUGUCUGUACCAAGAUGGGAGCUUGCUCGAAGGCUGGCAGGAGAGAGCCUGGAGCCUCCCCAUCCACCCCGGGGCUGACAGGGAGCUGGAAGCAUUCGACUGGUGCUGCCGGCGCGUGGGGAAGCCCCUGUUCUGUGCCAGGUUUGCUGAGAAGAGACCGAGGGUCGGCUGUGAGGGAUAUGUGCCACCCACCCCCGCUGGUGCCUUCGGUGACCCCCACAUCACCACCCUGGAUGGACUCACCUACACCUUCAAUGGGCUUGGGGACUUUGUCCUGCUGCUGGCCAGAGAUGCCUGGACCAGCUUUGUGCUACACGGGCGCACAGCCCGGACCAACAUGGCCCAGGCCACCAACUUUGUGGCCUUCGCUGCCCGGUACAUCUCUGCCACCACUGCAACAGUAGAGUGGACCUUGGGAAGCCAGGGUGACAUCCAAGUCCUUCUGAACAACAAAACCAUCCAGUUUUCCUAUUCCCAAGACAUGGGUGCCGCAGUAUACUACAGCCCUGGUGUUCUGCUGGUCAAUGCCUCUUCCAUCACGGCCAUCUUUGACGGGGCCAUCGCUGUCUCCAUCUCAGCCACCUCUGGGAUCCUCAGUGUGGUCUGCAGCCUGCCCAAUCAGUACUGCAACAACACCAAGGGCCUCCUGGGUGUGUGGGACCACGACCCUGCAGAUGAUUUCCAGAUGCCGAAUGGUACCAGCAUCUCUGUGAACAGCAGUGAGGAGGAGAUCUACAGCUAUGGGAUGACCUGGGCUGUUGGAGAGCACAGGCUGUUUGCUCAGCCUCUGGACUCAUCGGUAAUGAACUUCACGCCCACCUUCUUGUCUCAGCUGUGGCAGGAGAACAAAAGCCAGUACCAGCUGGCAGCCUCGCAGUGCCACGGCAGCAAGGAGUGCAUUUAUGAUGUGCUGAGCACAGGGGACGUGGCCCUGGGCCUGGCCACCCAGAGCCUCGCAGCUGACUUUCAGCAGAAGAAGGCAGUACUCAACGCUUUCCCUCCCGUCAUCACUGGCGACGCAUCGCUCACGGCCUUCAGGACAGAAAGGGUCAUGAGGCAGUACCGUGCUGUGGGGGAGGGUGCACGCUUUGUCCCCCACCUCUCGCCAGAGCUCAACAUAUCGGAGAGCGGCACCCUGACGUGGGAGCCCCGCGGGACGGGCCCACUCACCAUCAGCCUCAAGGCUGUCGGGUCCAACAACCUCUCCGCCCUCCUCCAGCUCCGCUUCACCCUCUGCAGCUGCAGCAGGAGCCAGGAGUGCGACUACAGCAACACUGUCACCCUGGGGCGGUCCUCCCUGCAGCUGGCAGCCUGCAGGUGUGAGGGCGGCUACUCGGGUCCCUUCUGCCAGGACCCUCCAGAACCCUGUGCCCAGGGAUGCUUCCCCGGCGUGGACUGUGACUCGCACACUGGCUGCGGCCCCUGCCCGUCCGGCCUGACCGGUGACGGGCGGCACUGCUCAGAUAUGGACGAGUGCGCACAGGGGACGCUGUGCCCGGGUAACACCACCUGCACCAACACAGUUGGCAGCUAUGCCUGCUCCUGCACAGCCGGCGAGGAGGAUAAGGGGCCAGGCUGUGGCUCAGCCUGCAACUCCCGCUCCUGCCCCGAGGGCUACUGCAGCAAUGGGGGACACUGCCACCUGCACCCCACCACCUGCACCCCCAUCUGCGUCUGCCCCCCGGCUUUCACCGACCAGCACUGCCUGGUGGCGGGGGGGGAUUUUCAACCACUGCCCAGCACAGAUCUUCCCCGGAGAAGUGUCCAGCUGCGGGUCAGAACACUGCAAAAUGCCACUGCCGAGGAAGUCAACGGCACCGUCUCAGCCAUCCUGGGCUCCCUGGAGGUAAAGGCUUUCCAGAGCAACACCAACAUCACCCAGACGACAGACAACAAUGGCUUCACCUUCACGGUGGUGUCCGAGUUUGCCUAUGACAGCCGCGGCACCGUCAUCCAGUUCCUGAAUGAGGAGCUGCCAGGGGCCAUCACCAGCGCCUUCAACGGGCAACGAGGAUGGUGGGAGGCGGGCACACAGCUCCUCUUCCAGCGCCUGCACCGGGACAACAUCACCGACCUGGUGAAGCUGUCGGUGGCUGAGCUGAGGCGCUAUUUCGCCUGUGGUCUGUACGGCUACAAAGGCUACCGGCUCCACUAUGCGGGGACCAUCGGCUUUGUCUGCAUCUCGCCUUGCAAGAUGGGCUACUGCCAGCAUGGCGGCCAGUGCCAGCAUCUGCUUGAGGGGCCCACGUGCAGCUGCCUCCCCUUCUCCAUCUUCUCCCCUGCCGGUACUCGGUGCGAGCAACUGGCCAUCAGCCUCGCCGCCUUCCUCGGCAUCUUGCUGGGAGCCCUGGCUCUGCUCUGCCUCCUGCUCACCGUUGCCUGCCUGGCCUUGCACCUCUGCCGCCGGCACUGCCACCAGCACCAGGGGUGA